AAUGUACUUUCAAGUCUCAACUCAACACAAAAAUAAAAAACAAACAAGAACACUUUCCAACUUCACAGAUUCAUAUUCAUAUUCAUUCAUCCUCGUACUUCUCGAAAGGGUGAAUCUCAAAAAGAAUCCAAAGAUGUUGAGUAAGAGAUUGUUGUUGCUUCCACUGUUCCUUCUUUCUGUUUUGUUGUUUGCCGGUUCCGUUUCGGUUCUCGCAGACAAUAAUGCUCCUUCUCCUUCGCCGAACUCGUCUUCCGCAAAUUCUCCGGCGUCUCCUGUUCCGGCACAUUCACCGGCGAAGCCACCAUCUGCAUCGUCACCAACUUCGCAAUCUCCGGCAGUUUCACCAUCCGGAUCAUCAUCUUCUCCUUCUUCGUCGCCGGCAGCGGCACCUACUUCGAAGUCUCCGGCGCCGUCAUCGGUUUCUCCGGCACCAAGCCCUUCCAAGAACGGGUCUCCGCCACCAGUACCGUCUCCGGCUACUCCUCCACCGACUGCUCAGACUCCGGCGGUGACUCCUGCGAGUGCUCCACCGGUGACAGAGGUUCCGGCAAGUUCUCCAGCAGCGACACCAGAGUCUUCCGCGGGAAUUCCUUCGAGUUCGGCCGCUCCGGCAGAUUCACCAGUGACAAUACCGUCUAGCAGUGCCGGGCCAGUGACGGCGCCGGCGAGUUCUUCUCCCGAAACUUCGCAGGGUCCAGCCAGCGAUGAUUCGGGUUCAAUUUCAAGUUUCGGGGCUCCGAUUGUGUUGGGUGGCAUUGCCGUUUGGAUCGGUUUGGUUAUCUAAGGCAGAAAGAGGAGGAUGUGUUGCUAUUUUUGUAAUAUUUGUGGGUUUUUUAGCAAUUAUUUUUUUAUUA